ACGGCGGCGGCGGCGGCGGCGGCGGCGACGGAGGAACCGCGGCCACAGAGUCUGCAACAGUAACCGAGCCAUGGCUCGAGCUGGCCAGCGGCACGGGCAAGCACCAGCCGCGGAAGGCGCGUGGGCUGCAUCAGGAGAACCGGGGGCCUCACGAUUCUAAGAAGGAGAGGGGCGAGACGGCACUGGGAGCGAGGGUGCUGGGGACACCGCGCUCACCCAACGGCGCGGAUCCUUUUUGGAAAUUAAUAUUUAAAAAAAAAGCCGAGGACGCAAAGGAGAAGGUGGGGGCAAGAGGGAAGGCUAGACACACAGAGGGAGACAGAGCCCCAUAGUGAGAGGAAGGAAGGAAGGCAACAGUCGCCAGCAGCGGAUGUGAAGACCGGACUCCGUGCGCCCUUUGCCGCCUCUGCCCGGCCUCAUCGAUGUUGUGUCCGCCGCCCGCUCGACCGGAUCACGAUGAAUGCGCAGCUGACCAUGGAGGCGAUCGGCGAGCUGCACGGGGUGAGCCAUGAGCCGGUGCCCGCCCCUGCCGACCUGCUGGGCGGCAGCCCCCACGCGCGAAGCUCGGUGGCUCACCGCGGCAGCCACCUGCCCCCCGCGCACCCGCGCUCCAUGGGCAUGGCGUCUCUGCUGGACGGCGGCGGCGGCGGCGGCGAUUACCACCACCACCACCGGGCCCCUGAGCACAGCCUGGCCGGCCCCCUGCAUCCCACGAUGACCAUGGCCUGCGAGACUCCCCCAGGUAUGAGCAUGCCCACGACCUACACCACCUUAACCCCUUUGCAGCCGCUGCCGCCCAUCUCCACCGUCUCGGACAAGUUCCCCCACCAUCACCACCACCACCAUCACCACCACCACCCACACCACCACCAGCGCCUGGCGGGCAAUGUAAGCGGUAGCUUCACUCUCAUGCGGGACGAGCGCGGACUGGCCUCCAUGAAUAACCUCUAUACCCCCUACCACAAGGACGUGGCUGGCAUGGGCCAGAGCCUCUCGCCCCUCUCCGGCUCCGGUCUGGGCAGCAUCCACAACUCCCAGCAAGGGCUCCCCCACUAUGCCCACCCGGGCGCCGCUAUGCCCACCGACAAGAUGCUCACCCCCAACGGCUUCGAAGCCCACCAUCCCGCCAUGCUUGGCCGUCACGGGGAUCAGCACCUCACGCCCACCUCGGCCGGCAUGGUGCCCAUCAACGGCCUUCCUCCGCACCACCCCCACGCCCACCUGAACGCCCAGGGCCACGGGCAGCUCCUAGGCACAGCCCGGGAUCCCAACCCUUCCGUGACCGGCGCUCAGGUCAGCAAUGGAAGUAAUUCAGGGCAGAUGGAAGAGAUCAAUACCAAAGAGGUGGCGCAGCGUAUCACCACCGAGCUCAAGCGCUACAGCAUCCCACAGGCCAUCUUCGCGCAGAGGGUGCUCUGCCGUUCCCAAGGGACCCUCUCGGACCUGCUGCGCAACCCCAAACCUUGGAGCAAACUCAAAUCCGGCCGCGAGACCUUCCGGAGGAUGUGGAAGUGGCUGCAGGAGCCAGAGUUCCAGCGCAUGUCUGCGCUCCGCUUAGCAGCGUGCAAAAGGAAAGAGCAAGAACACGGGAAGGAUAGAGGCAACACACCCAAAAAGCCCAGGUUGGUCUUCACAGAUGUCCAGCGUCGAACUCUACAUGCAAUAUUCAAGGAAAAUAAGCGUCCAUCCAAAGAAUUGCAAAUCACCAUUUCCCAGCAACUGGGGUUGGAGCUGAGCACCGUCAGCAACUUCUUCAUGAACGCCAGAAGGAGGAGUCUGGACAAGUGGCAGGACGAGGGCAGCUCCAAUUCAGGCAACUCAUCUUCAUCAAGCACUUGUACCAAAGCAUGAAGGAAUAACCACGAACUAAAACCUCGGUGGAAAAGCUUUAAAUUAAAAAAAAAAAAAGAAAAAAAGAAAAAAAAAAUUUAAGAGACCAGGACCUCAAGAUAGCAGGUUUAUACUUAGAAAUAUUUGAAGAAAAAAAGUGUUAUUUAUAGUCCAAAGAAACCAAAGACUUAGCUCACCUGCAUUCUGACUUUGUUCGGAGACACAUACUUCAGCGGGGCGACGACUUGGCAAGAAAAAUUAUGAGCAGGAAACCACCACUGGAUCUCACACCUUCAGUCCAUGAUCAUUCUCUCUGUGCUUGGCUAUUUCGUGAUUUGGGGCAUAGUACUUGUGAGCCACUGAGUGGACGUCUUUUAAGAUCGGACUUUCUCAUCUGUUGCACCGCUCCACGGAGGUGUAUGGUGUCUCAGUACUGUAUGUGGGUGUGUGGGUGCGUGUGUACACACACACGCACACACGCAUGCACACACACACCACCAGUGGUUAGGGACUUAGGCAGGGCUGGUCUUCAGGAAGGGUUGUGCUACAGGAGUGCAACCAACACAGUGUGGGGUUGUCUAAGUUCAUUGGAUUAGGAGUGUGAUUUCGCUCAUGUAGCCUAGCGUUUGAACCUGCCAGGCCCGCAACCUACAUGCAGAUUCAAACCCAGCAAAGAAAAUUCGAAUGACACCUAAACCAGUGCAUUCUCUUUGUUUGUUAAGGAAUGUUCAGAUAUUUUUUAAGAAAUGAAACAAGAGUCCAUCCAUUAAAAAAAAAAAAAAAAAGAUCACCUAGGUACCAAAGAACACACUUAAUAUUAUAGUGCAGGUAUUUUAUUGCAAUGAUUUUAAUAACCAAAGCUAUUUUUACACAAGAUACUAUGUAAAGUUAUACGUAUGAACUGAUCUAGCUGUAAUACACAUGCCACGUAGAAUCAUGACUAUUAUUUAUGACUCUUGAAGCAUUUGAAAUAUUAGUUUUCAGAACUGGCAAGAAAGAAUGUAGCUUCAGGGAAGCAAUUAAUAUCACAACAGAGAGGGCAGUGCAGAAUACAUAUACAUCCAGAUGGCAUACUCCCUUUCGGAAUCCAUAAAAGUCACUUAAGUAGACAUGUAGACACAAUUCCAGAAUCGUUUCAUAGUUGAGAAAACCUGAGAAUUCUUCCAAAGUAGGACUCCGAUUUGUAAACUAGAAAAUCACGUUUAACAGGGCAGGUAACUACAUUAGAAAAUUUAUUCAAAGUAAUGCUUUUUAGUAAAAGACCACUGAAUAAAGGACUCCAUGCUUAGAUUAAUUUGACAUGUUUGCUAUAUGCAUUUGACACCAAAUCCUUUUUGUUAAUACUUUACAAACACAAAUAAAGUGAGCAGACCAACAUUAUCAUUAGAAGGUAAACUAUUCAAUAUUUUAAUCAUUUAAAAAAUAUGAUCAAACUGAUUUUAUGGCUAAUCCCAGACAUUUUAUGACUUGGACAUCGAUAAAAAUAGCAGGUGCAACCAAGAAAUGGUGGGAAAAGCCAGAGUUCUAGUGAAAGACAAAACUUUGGGUUCUAUAGGUCUUAAGCUAUUUAUUUCACUAAGCAUAGCCUCCAAAGCGUACUACAUUCUUUCUUGCUACUGCAUUAAGCUGGAAAUUUUAUAACAUAGAUUCCACUCUCUAACAGGGACAGAUAAAAACUAGACCUGAACCUCCAAAUAUAAAAAUUUAAAUUUCUCUUUUCCCAAAUCACUUAACCAGGGCUAUAGAAAUCAAGGCAAAAAAAAUUUUUUAGUAGUACCCAAGUGAAUCACUUGAUGCGCCCGCCCCACCCCCAUUCUCUCUUAAUUUAAUUGAAUUGUAACUCAUAUAAGUAGAUGCCUUUUGUACGAGUAUUAGGUAAAGAACUGGGUACUCUUGGUUAAUUAGCACACCUAACUAGAAAUAUAAAAUUAAAUGUUACCUCAACAAUAUGUUGUUUUUUGAGAUUCAUUAAAAUGCUAAAGAAAAAAAAUCACACCCUCUUGACAUAAAACCUAACUCCUUAGGAUCAAAUUUCAGCAUCUUAUCUAGGUUUAGAAAAGGCAGGCACCUGGAGAAAUGAGGCAACACCAACAAGCUAUCUGUGUCUCCUUCGUGUCUGCUGUGGAAUGACAAAAGGAAACCAACACAUACUUCCCAUUUAAUGAAAUAGUGCAUUUGCCUUGAUACAUUUUGUCUUACUAUUGUUUUUUAAUCUCACCCCAAAUUCCACCUUAAAACUUUCCCUUAUAAUAUGGCACAAUUACAAUUCAGUUAUUAAAAGACCAUUUAAACUCUACAAGGUUCACUAAAAAUUUAAUCUUGUCAAAGACAUAAACUAAAAGGAAAAAAACUGAUUAACUUUUUCUCUCUCUCCAGGAAAAAAAGGGGCCAGGAGCAAUGUAUGUAUAAUUUAGGAGGGAGGAAAGCCUUAUUUAUUUAAAUCAUGAGAAUUUUAAAUGCAGGGAAAUUCAAGCUGUGUCUACACACAAUCUUACCAAAUUCAAUAGCCCAGGAAAAACAAAAGUUAAAUUCAAACCACCAUGAUUUUUUGUUUUUUGUUUUCAUUACAUUACCCCCUCAAAUUAAUCUAACUGCAUUUUAAAAUUUCAACCAAUUAUUUUGUUGCUGUGUAGACACAGUUUCAAGGAAUAUUACUACGUUUUUAAUAUUCUCACCAUAAUGGUUUUUUGAAAAAUAACCAGUGAUUCUAUUUGCUAACACCAAAGAUAAUUUUCAUACCAGCAUUGAAUUUGCACCCAUUAUGCAAUUUCAGGGCCUAGAGAUAUAUUUUCUCAUACACAGAUGCACAAAUCAGAGCCUGAAAAGCAAUUUUUUUUACUUGAGUCUUUAAGCAUUCUCACAACCUCUGCUUCUUAGAAAUCAUAAUGGACAAACUCAGCUUCUCACAAGCAAUACACUUAUCCCAUCAUGUAUGAGUGAUUCUGUUUUGCUUCUGACUUGGCACAUAGAGAAAAAAAUGCUUCCAUUCCUUCUUACUAUAACAUUAAUUUAUGGCUCGGGUUUCUUAACCUACCACAACCGAGUGCAUCGUGUGCCAUUUUUUCACCCAUCAUUUCUCAAUCUUUAGAAAAAUUCACCUAAAAAGAUAUUCACUCUUUUAUUUGCAUGUUUGUUUAUUCCAGAACUGCACUUCAAAUAACAUGUUUUGGGUUUUUUUUGUUUUGUUUUGUUUUGUUUUGUUUUUUGUAGAGUGGAAGUUAGACUGUUUUUGGCCAUAAAUCAUUCUGGCCCUCUCAUGACCAGAAGCUUCCCUGAAAGGGGGCCAAGAGAAAGAGUGGGAGGUGUGAUGUCUGGACACCCCAAAAGCCCAGACUUCAGUAAAUGUUCAUGUAAAAGAAUUCUGAAUGUCAAGAACUGAGUGUUCCAGUCCCUGGAUGCAGCUGGAAUAGACCCCAAAAACCAAAGAAAAUAUGUGGGGAAAUUCAGAAGUUCUAACUGAACAUGUCAUCAGUCUGUCCCUCCCCCAAAAAAAAGCAUAAUUAAUUUUCCAGGAAAAAAGGUGAAAGCACUAUGCUACUUUUGGACUCCUGCCACUCCCAUUGCUACCCCAGGUGAAUGACCCGUCUUUGCAGGUUAAAUGAAACUUUGCUAUACCAAAGAGUCCUAGGACAUUUUCACAUGAGCUAUAAAAGCAUUUUCCCUAAAAAAAAAGUCCUCCCUUCUUUGUACAUAAAGGAUGAAAACUAUGCAUUUAGCAAACAAAGAGAAAGCACUUCUCCCUUUCCUAUCUAGUUGUUUAGGGUGCAUUCAAAUACUGAAGGCCGUUUUGAGAUGCAAUUGGCCUUCUGGAUUAUUCUUGUGGUGUGGUUAGCUUUACAGUGCAUUUGGUAACUAUUUCCUAAAUAGGAAGGACAAAGAAGCAGAAGGUAAGAAAUAGCUACUUCCACGUGUAAAAAAAAAAAAAAAAAUGUAAAGAUCUACUAUUUAUAGUGUGAACCAAAGACGCUACCUCACUCGAUUUCCAUUGGUGAUUUUAAUCACAUUGAUAUGAUACCAAAGAAUACCAAAGAUAUUUUCAUGCACGGCCUCCGUCUGCAGAGGGAACUCCGCCCCUGUCCCAACCCUUCUCCCACCUCCUCACCCCUCCUCACUCUUCACUCAGUGUGUAAACUUGUCUUCAUUCUUAAUAAUAAUGAUACGACAACAACAACAUUAGGAAAUACUACUCUUAUUACUGCUAGUUCUACUUGUAAAUCUCUAGGCAAACAUGUUGCAAACUUUGUAAACUCCUAGGACGAGUGCCUUGCUUGAACCAAAGUGUUAAACCGCUGUUGACCUCUCUCACCUUAUACUCUUUGAAUACCUCAGCCUCUUAGAAAGGCCACUAAUGAAAAAAAAGGAAUAAUUAUUCACCGUGGUGCUUUUUCCGUGCAACCAUGCAAUGAAACUUUCUUUGAUACCAAAGGAUGACUUUUUUUUCCCAAUUUCUUGCUGAUAAACCAAAGCUCCUCCACCUCCUCCUCGUUCCCUUUCAAGGUCCCCCCCACUUCACCGAGUCCCUUCAACCAGGCAGGCCGUGCAUCACUUUUACCAAUUCCUCCAAAUACCUCAUAGUAAUAAAGUUUUAGGGUUAUGUUGUAUAGAGAGUCUAUGUGAUAAGGCAGAACUUACUAGUUUGAUAAUUGUUAAGGUUACUUUUAAAAAAAACUUUAUAAUUCUUAUUUAUUUUGUAGUUUGUACGUUUGGGAUGUCCGCACCCUCCCCCAUUAGGUUUGGGGUUUAUUUUCUUGGCAGAACUGCUCUGUUGCUCAAGGAAGACUUAAUUUCUGGAAAUGUUCCCCCAGGUGGGUUAAGGGUUGUGUAAAAAUGCAAGAAUGGAAUAAGAAAUGCUUUUCAUUUUGAUGGUUAUUUACGAAGUUUUUGUGUUUCGUAGUAAAUUUGUUUCCACAGGGUAAAAAAUAUAUAUAUAUAUAAUCUCUUUCUUGUGAAACUGGUUCCUAUUUUUCUCUAUAAUGUGCUGUGAUUUUUUUAAUUUAAUUACAUUUUAUAUGAGCUUAUUUAAUCACUGCUUUAAUUUAUGUGUAGUUUUUAAAAUGUAUAUAGUAGAAUUGAAAUGGCCAAAGCUUUAUGUUACAAUCUUUUUGUUCUCGAUGCUAAGAUUAGCUGAAGGCAAGAGCUUCUCUUCACUGCAGGGUGUAUUUUUAGCUUUUUCUUAGCAGGCACUUCAAUGUGUGUUGUGAACACUGCCAGGUUCCCCCCUCAAAAAACUUGUACAUGCCAAAAUAAGUGUUUCAAAGUAGUCCUUUUUGUCACUUAGAAGAAAGGCAUUAUUCAUGUUCUUCCUUUAAUUUAUUAAUUUUUUUUUCUUUUUUUUCUUUUCUUUUUUUUUGGUUAGAAAGGAUUACUUUGCAGGUUAGACCUGAAAUUCCAAAGAAUUUAAGACUUGUUUAAUUGUUUCAAAGCACCGGCAUUUGUGAAAUAAUUUGCUACCUUUUUUUUUUUUUUUUGCCAUUCCCACAGGUAUGAGAAGUAAAGAGUGUAAAAACUCAAAGAGACAAGCUAACUUGAAUUUGGAAAUCCUCUUAAGUUUCCCCAAGUUUCUGAAUUGCUUCAGGGCAGGAGGCAACGUAUAGAGACACAGUUCCUUUUGCAGAGGAGAGUAUAAUGGCUUCAUGCCCUUUCACAGAAAGUCAAGGCUGACCAGGCCUCUGCCCAUCUGGCCAACCCAAGGAAGAAGCAAAACAUGAUUGCUUGGCCCCAAUUAUCAAUCAAGUUUAAGGAAAAUAUAUUUCACAGUUACAUAUUCCUCCCCACAUCUGUUUCUUAGAAUCUGCUACCCACAAUUCCACUCACCCUCCCCAUACCUCUAACCAUCAUAAUUGGAAGAAUUCUUCUCAAAUGUAAGAGUCCCCUGGUGAAAUGUACCCCAGGCCUAUUUGAGUUGGUGUCUUUUCACUCUUUGUCUUCCCACUAGUUUUCUUUUCCACAUGCUAGAGAUGGUCCCGGCCUCAAGCCGCCUUCAUCAGGUUGUUCAGAUACUUGGCCCUGCUUUAGAUCAGCACACACAGAAUUCUUGGCUGACUCAUGGCAUCCUCAGAAGACCCAGUGCCCACUAUUUUGCUUUAUUUUGCUGAAAUAAGUUGCUUCAACUAUAUGGCAUAAAUCCAUAGAUGUAAAUACCUUCCUCUCAAUACAAAAAAUUUACCUUAUUUUCUUUUGCAAGGGUGUUUGGGAUAGGGAAGGAAGGAAAGGGAGGGCUUAGACUUUGGGUCAAAUGUUACAUUUUCUUAGAAACAUUUUUAUACUUGUUAUGUAUUUUAAUAGGGCAAUAAAUCUGCUCUGAGUUGCAGGAUCAUUCAGUGCUGUUGGUAAACAUUGACUAAUUAUUUGUUUUUAAUACAAAUGCUGUGCAGUGAGUUACAUAAAGCCCAGGAAAAUGGUGGAGGGAGAAGACUUUGACCAUCAGCAGUGAAACGCUGAACAGAAUUGUAUUCACAAGGUCAUAUUUUCUGUUUCUGUGUUAGUCUCAAUUUUUUUUGUGUGGUAUGUUCUGCAUUUAUUACAUAAUCAUUGUGGGCUCAUUUUAGAUGUGCCGUCUGAACCAAGUGACAAGUAUUUUUUAACAAAAUAAACUUUAAAACAUUGUCUUCCACUUGCUUCGGUAGUUGUCUUCAUAUCUCCCUGUGUUUUUGUCCCUUCUGAAGUCAGUCCAUCUGUCACGCACUUAGACCUGUCCCUUCUCCCUCUUCUAUUUCCAAUACACCUUUAACCUUAGCUAUUGUUUGAGUGUGACUCCAUUUCCCUGUUCAAGUUAGCUUGAUGGUUUAUUAUGUAAGGAGGGUGCCUAAGACAAUCAUCAGGUAAAAAAAUAAAUAAAUAAAAAUAAAAUGAAAGAAAAAAAAA